CUUGCUGUCUCUGGAAAAGCAAGAUUAAAUCAUAUUGGCACACAAAUAUUUUAUUGAGACUAUUCAACAGUCAGCAUGACAACGUGAAAUACGGCAAGAUUCCAGCUCCAAUUCAUUAUUCUAAACCACGUUUCACGCUUUUGUUCUGGCCUCCAGGUAUGUGACGCCAACAUGUACAUCUUAGACAUCGAUCCCCGCUUCCCCGGAUCGUGCCACGACUCGUACGUCUGGAGGCACUCACCACUCUUAGGUCGCCUGACCACUAACUUUCGACGUGGCGAAUGCGUGCUUGGAGACUCGGGCUACCCCCUUGAGCCAUGGCUACUGACACCUGUGCCAGGCCAUCCAGGCACCCACACGCCUGAAGGGCGCUACAACCUGGCCCAUGCCUCCAUGAGGAAUGUUGUGGAAAGGGACAUUGGCGUCUUGAAGGCAAGGUUCCGGUGCCUUCCAAAGUACCGCAUCCUACUGUAUCAGCGUAAGGACGCAGCCACAAUUGUGGCAGCUUGCGCCGCUCUCCACAGCAUUGCUUUGAAGGCAGGGGAGCGGGAGUUGCAAAACAGUGACGAUGAGGAGGCCGAGGAGAACUAGCCGCUGCAGCAAGGACGAGUGCGACAGGGCGCGCCUGUAUCGCAAAGACCACACACAUGCCGCCUGGAAAC